UGCUCGCUUCGGACUCUCUGACAUAUAACCCCCUGCCCAUUGGCCACUUCCAACACCACCGCGAUUACUGAAUCGAUAAACUACCUAGUAUACUGCUGAGUUCCGUUCUUUGAGCCAUACUGUAACAACUCCAACGCCCUCAUGGCCUCCGCCACAGGCAUCCCCCAGCUGCAUCCGGACAGCAUCGAUUCCCGCGAGGACUCUCCGCUGUUGUCUACUCCCGGCAAUGGGCCUCAGUCCGACGACGACAAUGCUUCUCUGUAUCCCAACCUCUUCCGAGGUACUGCCCUCGCCGCCCAAGUAGGCAUUUGGCUGAUCACCAUCCUCGUCUGGACCGGCAUCCUCUCGCAUCCUCUCAUCUUCUUCUCCCCGCACCCACUCCUCAACUCCGCCGCCCUCCUCCUCCAAGUCCAAGCCGCCCUCAUCCUCCAACCCACCGCCACUGCCGUCCAGAAACGCCGCGGCACCGUCAUCCACUACACCGUCCAAGCCCUGAGCGUGCUGGGCUUCCUGGCCGCGUUCCUCAUCAUCGAGAUCAACAAGGGCGACCACGCCCGCUUCACCUCCCCGCACGGCGUGCUGGGGUUGGUCACCUACAUCGUGAUCAUCCUGCAGGCCGCCGGCGGCGUGGUGCAGUACUUCCUGCCCCGCCAGGUGCUGGGCAGUGUCGACCGCGGCAAGACCCUGUACAAGUACCACCGCCAGUCCGGGUAUCUGCUGCUGGGGCUGGAGCUGGCGACGGUGGCCGCGGCGACGCAGACGACGUACAACCUCAAUGUGUUGGAUAUUCCGCUGUGGGGGGUGGUGAUUGGGGCGGUUUUGGUGGUGGUGGGCGUUGGGGCGAGGGUGAGGAAGCAUAAAUUGGGG